AUGUCUUUCGUGGAGCACCGCAGCCGCAUUGUGGGGGCCUUCCCCGAUGAUAUCAUCGUUCUCAAGGGGGGCGAGCAGACUGCCCGUUACAACACAGACAGAGACAUAAUGUUCCGCCAGGAGUCGAACUUCCUCUACGUCACGGGCUGUAGCGAGCCGGGCUGUGUCGCUUUCAUCGACUCGCGCUAUAACGUCUUCAUGCUGUUUGUUCCCCGCUACAGUCCUGAGCAUGCUCUUUGGCUCGGUGAGCCGGAAAGUAACGACUUCAAGCAGGCGAAGUACGGCGCCUCCAACGUGAUGUACAUCGACGAACUGCCGGCUGUCCUGGAGCAGACGGCGGGGCGCACCAUCCACAUAGUCGAUGGUCUACCCAAUAUUGAGUUUCCAGAGGGCGCUCUUGUCCUCAAGGACCUUGGCCCGGUGAUUGCGGAAGCCAGGGUCUACAAGACAGACUGGGAGAUAGAGCAGAUGACCAAGGCCGCACAGGCUGGUGCAGACGCCCAGAGGGCCGUUAUGAAGCUCCUUACGGAUAAGAUGCACGAGUUUCACGCCGAGGCGCUCUAUGUCGGCUACGUCAUGGCCCGUGGAUGCAGGCAUACGUCCUUCGAUUGUAUCACAGCAGGAGGACAGCACGCGUCGAUCCUCCACUACGUUGACAACGUCUACAAGCUUAACGCUGGGGACACGUUUCUCCUCGACUCUGGCUGCGAGGUCAACGGCUAUGCCUCGGAUCACACACGUACCUUCCCUGUCAGCCAGCGCUUUACUCCGCGCCAGGAGGCCCUCUAUAACGUUGUCCUCCGCGCAAACAAGGAGUGCAUAGCCAUGUGCCAGCCUGGUACUCCGUGGGAGAACGUUCAUAUGCACGCCCUUUCCGUCAUCCUCCAGGGCCUCCGCGAGUGCGGCAUUGUCAGGUCCGAAGGAUCGUUCACGGACCAGAUGGAGGCUGGCGUGCCCACCAUCUUCAUGCCACACGGGCUCGGUCAUCUGAUCGGCCUUGAUGUCCAUGAUGUUGGUGGCUACAGGGACGACAUUCCGCGCUCGACAGAUCCUAGGCUCUGCAGACUGCGUACCCGCCGCACCCUGGCUCCGCGCAUGGUCAUCACGGUCGAGCCAGGACUCUACUUUGUCCCGGGCUUCCUCGCAAGAGCGUAUGAUGACCCCAUCAUCGCGCCACACAUCAACUUCGAUGUGGUGGAGGAGUAUCGCGCAGAGUGCGGAGGGUAUCGGAUUGAGGAUGACGUCCUGGUCACUCCGGAUGGCCCCAUUGUCCUCCCCGGUGCUCCUAAGGAGCUCAGCGAGAUCUAUGCCCUCAGAGACCAAGCCUACCAGUGA